GCGUAAAAAUUGUUUGCAUUUAGUGGCGUCGAUUUUAAUUUUACGUAUUUUGAGUGCAAUUUUUGCCGACAAAAACCAAAUUUUGGACAACAGCUUGUGCAAUUGGAAGCCAGAGAGAGAUGGACAGACGCAAAAAGCGCACCUCCUCCGAGCAGUACCAAAUGUACAUUGAGUUAAUGGAGAGCGACCCAAUUUUUGCCAGUGGACGCGUGCCGCGCGAUUACGAUCUGAAUUACUUGACUCGCAAGUGGAAGGAGCUCUCAGACAGGCUCAACAAAUGCGGCUCGGGCCCCACGCUAACCGCCGAGGAGUGGCGCAAGCGAUUAAACGAUUGGAAGAACACGACACGUUGCAAGUACAGACGCAGCCUGACGCACAACGAGAAGGACAUUUCGAUGUCGUCGCUGGAGACGCGCGCCCUCAAUUUGUUUGGCAAGGUGCCGCUGACCGGGGAGCCACUGAUGAACCUCAAAUCGGAGAAAGACGAUCAGGAGGAUGAAAUGGAGGAUUUGGGUCAGCGCACGUCGGCAUCGUUCCAAAAGGAACUUCAAGCGGCCGUCGAUGAGGCCAUCAAUGAUGAGGUCGACGACGAUGAGAUGGUGGAGGAGCAUGUCGAUCAGGAGGAUCUCACCGAUGAGAAUAUGCACGAACCCGUUGGCGGCAUCGAUGGGCCCAGCGUGGGCGCCACAACGGCAGUGAAUACUGGUGGCGGCGGUUAUCGGACCAUUGUCGUUGACAAUUCUACGUAUGUGGAGGAGGAACAGGAUCCCCCAGAGCCACCAGUGGAGCCUGUGAAGUACGUCUGCACGCAGAGCAGCUCCAGCGGCACCAAGCUUAUCAACGGCGAGCUACCUGUCAAGCGAUUACGACGAGAUCAAGUUAUCUAUGAGGUUAAGAAUGCGCCGCGCUCUUAUACGACCAUCCAGGCGAGCGGUUCGCUGCCGACGCUGCACAACACAAAGAUGCACCAUGAGGCGCAGAGCACGUCGCUGAGCGCCGCAUUGAGUGGCCUGGAUGCGCAGGAGAUAGCGCAUCAGCUAAAGCGUUUGGCGGACAUCAACUACGAGUCGCUGCAAUUUGAGAUCGCGCGCUUCAAAUUCAAUAAUCCGGGCUUUCAUUACGAAGCGCCACCCUUAUAGUCAGCGCCCCCGAGCAGCAGCCGCACCCAACAACAACAGCAACAGCAGCAACCACUGCAACAACAACAGCAACAGACGAGACAGCUGCAACGGGAGACGAAGGAGCAGGAGCAGGACAAGGAGAAGGAGCGGGCAGUUGAGCCGAAGAAGAAGUAAUAGUUUUAGAUUUUAUUGACAAACAACACACAAACAAAGCAAACAGUUUGAAUUUGUACAUUUCGAGUGCUGCAGUUUAUCAAUCGAUGACCAGCCGCCAUUCUACAUGUUAAAAAACAAAACAAAAAAAAUCGAACGCAAAGUUUCCCACAUACUAAAAAGUAGCCAGUUUAGUUUAAAAUGUACGUAGUUCUUAUUAAUGCAAAUCAUUUCUCUAUAAACAGUUUCAAUUACGAGUACCGUAAACAAAACACACACCGCAGGCAUAUAUAUAUAUAUAUAUGUAUUGUAAUGCUUAAGGGUAUUUUGUCGACACAUCGAAUCCUCGCUUGAUGAUGUUGACGGUGAUCUUCAGAUCGAUCACUCAAAUCAGCAUCUCCAUCAUCAUCAUCAUCAUCUUGCGAGUUAUUUCGAUUUAUCGCAUUGCUACCUUUACUCUCCAUGUCGCAUCGGACACAUAAUUUUAAACAAACUAUAUGUAAAAUGUAAAGAAUAAAGUUUACCAAUGAUAAAUACGCAA